GGCACUAGCAAGCACUACCAAAACUCAAGCGCCGCCGUACACCGCCGCUGGGCAGGUUGAGAGCCGCUUCGCGCGCCGGUUUACCCCAGCCAUAGUACAGAAGCCAGAGGAAGCGCAAACGCCGCUGAAAGAGAGUUACAAGAGGCAGAGACACUGCUCCUGCCCGCAAAGAAGAUGGCGCUGCGCGCGACCGUAAGGCGACUCGGCGACCUCAAGCCUGGCGUCCAGCCCCACCUCGAGAUCUGGUCAGCAGCUGCGUCCAUUCUUUCGCGCUGCCUUCGACUCACCGCACCUUGAUCGUCGCUGCUCUACUAACGAGGCGUCCACCCACGCCGCCGGCGCGACCCUACGACACGCAGGUGGAAGAAGAAGCCCAAGGACGGCGUCAUCGACGGCAUGGUCACGCGGACGAUCAGCCCCUUCGAGCUCCAGCCCAUUCGAAGCCUCUGGGACCAGUACGCGCCGGGCAACUUCCUCAACAACUUCCCGUCGCUCUGGGACAUCGGGCCGGGCAUCGUCGUCCUCGUGGGCACGGUCGCGUGGGCGGACUGGUACUUCGAGGUCCUCGGGCGGCACCACCGCGACUAGACUCCCCUAUAUCCUAAGUUUGACUGAUAC